AUGAGCGACAUAUCAAGUUUAAUUAAGUGCCGCGGACAGCUGAAGGCGGCCGUAAAAAGAUUUUUAAAUUUUGUAACGAAAGAGAACGUAGACGUAAAUGAGAUAUACAUAAGAAAAGAGAAAAUAGAAGAAACUUGGAGCGAAUACGAGCGAAUCCAAUCUGAAAUAGAAGAGACUGAGGGCGUAGAGAGGGACGAACAAAAUAAAUAUCGAGAAGAGUUCGAAGAAAUGUUUUUUAAGGCAGUAGGAAUAGCCAAAAAAUUGACGGAACCCGUGUUCAAUGAAAAAAAAAGUGCAACCAUACCGUGGUACUGA